AACUUGAAAGAAGAAAAAGCCUUUCCAAUGUUGGGAUAUCUUGCCUCUAAACAUCUAUGUAACUAAAUAUUUCAACGCUUGGUGUCAGUGUACUUCAGUGAUUCUGUGCAUCUGGUGGCACUUUACGUCACGAGCUGUAUUUCGACGAGCCCUUGCAUUUUUCUCAAACAGCAAACCUGAGCGUAACACCGCGAUUGGCAGCAACGAGUCUCUUUAUUUUAAGCAGUUUUGUACAAACAAAUCUGUGGCAUCGUUUAGGAACAUGAGGCAUUAAGUCUCAUUGACAUCACGACGUAGUUACUGGACUGUGUUUUAUCGCCUUCAAGUCAUGGAACAAAGAGGAUGUAGAGAGCGACAGUGUUGGUUUGCCUUCAUGGUUGUUUUGGAUAUUCUAUGGAGCGGAGCUUCUGCACAGAUAAGAUAUUCGAUAUCUGAGGAGGUUCAAGAUGAAACCGUCGUCGGGAAUAUAGCCAAGGAUUUGGGAUUAGAUAAGAGUGCACUCAAAGACAGAGGAUAUCGCAUUGUAACAGGCUCUACUGAACCCCUGUUUCACGUGAAUCAAAAUGAUGGCAUCUUGUAUGUGAAAAGAAGAAUAGACAGGGAGGAGGCGUGCGACCGGAGCAGUCCAUGUUUGAUAAAUCUGAAAACCGUGCUAGAAAACCCGCUGGAGAUCCACUACGUGGUAGUGGAAAUACUUGAUGUAAAUGAUCACUCGCCGGUGUUUCCGGAGAAAGAGAAAAGGCUUGAGAUUUCUGAGUCAGCCUUACCAGGAGCGAGAUUUCAACUACAGGCUGCGCGCGACUCUGAUGUAGGCCAGUACUCCAUUCAGCAAUAUAAACUCAGCCAUAACGAAUAUUUUAGAUUAGAAGUGAAGGACAGAGGCGAGGACCGUAAAGUGCCAUUUUUAGUUCUGCAGAAGCAGCUGGAUAGAGAGACAGCCGGGAAACUUAAGCUACGUUUAAUAGCCGCUGAUGGAGGAAAACCAUCGAAGUCUGGCUCUAUAGAAAUAAUUGUGGAUGUCCUUGAUGUUAAUGACAACUCCCCGGUGUUUACCAAUGAGCUGUAUUCUGCUUCACUAAAAGAAAACGUUCCUGUUGGCACUUUAGUGAUUCAGGUGAAUGCCACAGAUUUGGACAUGGGUGCAAAUGGCGAAAUAAUAUACUCAUUUGGUAACGAAGUUGAUUCAAAAUUAAUGGAUGUCUUUAGUAUAGACGCAAACACCGGUGAAAUUAAAGUGACCGGUCAGAUAGAUUUUGAGGAAAGUAAAAGUUAUGAAAUUGACAUUCAGGCGUCCGAUAAGGGACCAGUUCCACUAACAACUGACAAAAGUGUGAUGAUAACUGUUAUUGAUGUGAAUGAUAAUGCACCCGAGAUAGAAGUGACAUCUUUUUCUAGCUCUAUCAAGGAGGAUUCAAAGAUAGGAACUACAGUUGCCCUGAUUAGUGUCAGUGAUUUAGACUCUGGAAUCAAUGGUAAAGUAAUUUGCAUAAUUAAAGAAGAUGUCCCUUUUACGUUAUCUCCAUCAUUGCAAGAAAACAUGUAUGCGGUUGUAACCAGGUCGCAGUUGGACAGGGAAAUUAUUUCACAAUUUGACGUCACAAUUAUUGCAAAAGACACAGGAGACCCUGUAUUUUCAACUGACAAGACCAUAAGCAUAGUAGUAUCAGAUGUAAAUGACAACAGUCCACGGUUUUUGUCAAGUCCAUAUGUAUUUUAUAUCACCGAGAAUAACAUUCCCGGAGCCUCAGUAUUUUCAGUAAAAGCCUCUGAUCGUGAUGAAGGUGAUAAUGCUCUCAUUUCAUAUAAUAUUUUGAGAGAAGCCAGCAGGGAUACUAAAUUGGCCUCAUUUUUAAAUAUAAACUCUGAUAAUGGAGAUAUUUUGGCGCUAAAAAGUUUUGACUUUGAAACUCUGAAAACGUUUCAGUUCCAAGUUGUUGCCUCAGAUUCUGGAACUCCGUCACUAAGCAGCAACGUCACAGUGAACGUGUUCAUUCUGGAUCAGAACGACAACGCUCCAGUCAUCCUGUAUCCAGUCAGCUCCAACGGUUCUGCUGAAGGUGUGGAGGAGAUUCCCCGCAAUGUGAACGCAGGACACUUGGUGACUAAAGUCAGAGCCUAUGACGCUGAUAUAGGAUAUAACGGCUGGUUACUGUUUUCACUGCAGGAAGUUACUGACCACAGUCUCUUUGCUUUGGACCGCUAUACAGGACAGAUCAGAACACUUCGCUCAUUCACAGAGACAGACGAGGCCGAGCAUAAACUGGUCAUACUGGUGAAAGACAAUGGGAACGUUUCACUCUCAGCAACAGCUACUGUGAUUGUCAAACUUGUGGAGCCCAAAGAGGCUUUUGCAGCUUCUGAUGUUAAAAGUGCAACAAAGGAUGAGGAGGGGAAUGAUGUGACUUUUUAUCUGAUGAUAACUUUGGGCUCAGUUUCAGUACUUUUCCUCAUCAGUAUCAUCGUGCUGAUUGCAAUGCAGUGCUCUAAAUCUACAGAUUAUACUUCUAAAUAUCUACAAGAGCCUAAUUAUGACGGGACACUGUGUCACAGCAUCCAGUACAGAUCUGGAGACAAACGGUACAUGUUAGUUGGACCCAGGAUGAGUAUAGGAUCUACUAUAGUGCCGGGCAGCCAUGCGAAUACACUAGUGCUCCCUGACAGGAGGAGUGCACCAGGAGAGAGAUCCGAACAGAUGUAGGUCUGCACUGCUCUUGUUUGGCAUCAGUGCUCAUACAGCCUCAACAUCUGCUGCUGUACUUAGGUCAUCACUGCAUGCCUGGAGGAUUGAACUGACUGAGGGGUCAGGGCAAGGAUGCAUGCAAGACAGCCAGCUAUUAUGUGGAAAACUAGUGGAUACACAGUUGGUUGAAAAUCAACUUUGAGUUCAGCCUGUUGAUAACCUAAAGAAAUGUCCAGUUUCCUGAGACCAUUCCUAAGAUGUAUAUGAUAUCUGAUUGAAAGAAUGCAUGAAUGGGUGAAAUCAAAAGUCAGCUGUUUAAACUUUGGAUGCUGCCUUGGUAAGAGGAUUGCCUUCUUACAGCAGUAUCCCUGCACUCCUCACUAUGGGGUAGAUGGGAUAUAUGCCCAUACACUUGUCUGAUUAAUACCCUAUGUUGUAUUUACUUCUGGCCAUGCAUGGAUGGGAUCAGCUGUUGGUUGUUAGAGGGAUCCAGUCUCUAGCUGCAGGGUUCCUCCUCCCCCUGUGGCUAUUUGACCCCGCAUUGCUUAGUGACAAAGUGCAGCGUGACAGUUACAUGCUAUUUUCUGUGAGUUUUGUGUAGCUAUGAGACUGACAGGAAUAAAAAUCACUCUGCUCAGUUUUAAGGCUUUGAGUUGAACUAAAUUGUCUGAAUACUAAUACAUAAACUACUUUGUAUAUCUGUUGAAUUAUGUUUCAUUAUUUAGUAGGCAAGCCUGAUAGUCAAACUGUAAAUUAGUGUUUGUUUUUAUUUUUCCUUAUAAGUUAAAUGUUAAAGAUGCAAGUUUUCACCUGGCUUCAGCUAUUUUACUACAAAAGAGCUUUUCUGUUAAAAGGUAAACAUACUCAGUAUGCACUGUAUGUAUUUACAGAAAAAUAAUUAAUUGUCUGUGUAUCAGGGCUGCAUAUGGAGUCACUGUGCUGUUAUCAAGUGUGUGUGAUAGCAUGACUUUGAAAUAAUUGUAGAUACUGAAAAAAAGACACAGAUUAAAGCUACAGCCUGAAAGGUC